UUUUCUCCAAAUCUUGAUCGAUGAGAAUCUUUUUAUUUUGCACACACCAUACUUUGCAGUAUAAAAGACACGUUGCGGCCUUUGAAGGAUUUAAAAUACUUUCAUCUUCGAUUUUAUUCAUUAAUUAUUCGGUCAUUUUUUAAUAUUUCACUAACAAGAUCAACAAACAAUUCGAAGAAAAAUGCCAGCUAAAGCUUUACUCAAUGAAUUGCAAUCAUUGCAAACAUUUCAAUAUUGGCAAGUGGAAAAUGUCUCCUGUUCGGCAUCAUCUAAAAAUGUAAAAUCAUCUAAAAAGGCGAACAAAAAGACUAAGAAUGCUGUGACAUCUUCAUUAUUAAUGAAUAACGAUAAUGAACAUCUUGUCGAUAUGAACAAAAGUGAUGACAAUGUGGUAAUCGUUCAUCAAUCUAGUCAUGAUUCAAAUUCUACUACUGAUACUGUUAAAAAACAUCCAAAUAUUGAUAAAAACAAAGUCAAUCUAAAUAACGAAGUAAUAAUUGAUGAUGAUAAAUGUAUCUGUCCCCCCUUUUAUCAUGAGCAUGAUGAUGAUGAUGAUCAUAAUUCAAUCGUAUGUGAUAUAGUGAGAAUAAGAAAGAUUAUUCAAUUAACAUUAGCUUCUACCAAUGAAAAUCGCUCAACGGGCUGUCGUGCAGGCGAUGAGCGAAUUCAACAAUUGGAAAAACGUGUUUCCGAAAUGGAAUCCACUAUCCAAAAAUUGACUUCUAUGCUUUCGCAAUUGAUGACCACUUGUGUUAGUCAACAAAAAUCAGCUAAUAAAUCAACCCCGGCUCAAUCCAAAGCAAAACCUGCACCUGCCAAUAAUGACGAUGAUGAUGAUGAUGUUGAUCUUUUUGGUUCGGACGAUGAUGAAGCUGCCGAUGAACUUCGACAAAAACGACUUGACGAAUAUGCAGCUAAGAAAGCUAAAAAGCCCGCUGCUGUAGCCAAAUCUAGUGUUGUUCUCGAUAUUAAACCAUGGGAUGAUGAAACGGACAUGAAAGAAAUGGAACGUUUAGUUCGUACCGUAAAAAUGGACGGACUUGUUUGGGGUGCCUCUAAACUUGUACCAUUGGCUUAUGGAAUCAAAAAAUUGCAAAUUGUUUGCGUAAUUGAAGAUGAAAAAGUAUCUGUGGAAGAAUUGGGUGAAAAAUUGGCCGAAUUUGAAGAUCAUGUUCAAUCGGUUGAUGUUGCUGCUUUUAACAAAAUCUAGGUUAUGUUUGUACUGAAUUAUUUGAAAUUAUUUUUUCUUAAUAAAAGCAAACAUUUUGAUUGAA